GGUAGUUUUGUUAGUAAAAAAAAAAAAAAACAGAAAAAACAUAAAAAAACUGAAGAAGAAAAUUUAUUUUUUUUUUAAUUUCAAUUUUUUCUUUUCUCAUAAUUGAAAUUAAAAAUGUGUUAAAAAUAUAAAAGAAAAACUUAAAAAUAAUUAAAAAAAAUCAAUUUUAUAAUAAAAAUUGAAAUUUCAAUUAAAUAAAUGUAAUUUUCUUUUAUAAUUUUCAAUUUAUUUGAAGAAAAUAAAAAAAAAGAACAAGAAAAAAAAAUAAAUCAUUUUUGCAUAGCAAAGACAGGAAAGACAGAGAGAGAGAGAGAGAGAAAAAAAAUCAUGAAUUUUUAUCUUUCAGAAAUAAUUUUUCAGUAAAAAAAAAAUUUUUUUUUUUUUGCCUUUUAAAUGAAUUUUCUUACCGGAAAAUUUACUUAAUUUUACUUUUAUAUUUUAAUAAUCAUUUUAAGAAUUCAUUUUAAUUUAAAAUCUUUAAACGAAAACAAUAUUUUCUUUCAUAAUUAUUUAUAAAAACUCUUAUAAUAUUUAUAUUAUACUUUAUUGUAGCAAUUAAAAAAUUGAAAAAUCAACCUAUCAGAGAGAAUCGAAUGAAUUUGUUUUAUUGAAAUUAAGCUACAUUGUAAAAAGGAGAAAAAAAUUCAAUUAUUUUAAAUAAAGUAUUUGAAGAAAAUUUUCGGUUUCGGUUGUUUUGUGAUGUUUAAAUUAAAAAAAAAUAUAUGUAUAUACAUAAAAAAGUAAAAGUAAUAAAAAAUUUUUAAUGAAUGAAUUUUGAUAAUUUUUUUUUUAUAAAAAAUUAAGGUGUGUUACACACUCUUUUUACCAAUAUUGAAUAUUGUAUAAAAUUGAUACCUAAAAUGAAAUAAAAUGCAAAAAAAAAAAUUAAAGUGAAAAAUUAAAGAGAGGAGAGAAGGAAAUAAGAAUUUUAUUUCUUUAGUAUACCUUAAUGUAAUUAAAUUCAAUUUUAUUUAAUAAAUAUUUGGAAUAAGUUUCUUUAUAAAAAAUAUUGUGAGAAAUUAACCAUAAUAAAAAUUUAUUUGAAUUUCAUACAUACAUAUGAACAUAAUAAUAUUUUAAUAUCGUUGUCGCCGUGUGUCUUGAUCAUUGUUUUAUUUAAAGAAAAAAAAUAACUACCUAGUGGUUUUAUUUUAUAUUUUUACAAUUACGUACAUAUAUAUGUAUGUAUGUACAAACAUCAAAUUUUACACCAUACUAAAUGAAAAGGAAAAUUUGUAUAUACUUAUAAAUUGCAAACUUAUAAAUAUUUUAAUUAAAAAAGAGAAUUAUUUAAUAAUAAUAAUAAUUAUUAUUAUUGCCUACUUAUUAUCUACUACAAUAGCUAGAAGGAAACAAGGAAACGUUACGAAUUAACUGUUUUAAUCUUUUUAUACUUAUGUGAAAUUAACGUAGACUGAAGCCAAAACAUCCAAUUAAACAAAACAUCGUUCAAAAACAAAACAAAAACAAGGAAAUCAACUUAAAUGAAAACUACAUUUUACAUAAAAUAACAUUUGUUUUUCGCAAUUACAUAUAUAGUAUAAUAAAAACGUCACUCAAAUAAAUCGUAUAAAAUAGUUAUACAAAAAGCGUAAAUUGUAUACCGAUUAAAACUAUUAUACAACAAAAUAAUAUAAGAAUAAAUAAAAAUCAACCAAAUAAAUACAAAAUAAUCAAUUUUUUUUUUAAUUUUUGAAAACGGAAAUUCCCUUUAACGCGAAAAACAAAAUAAAAUAAUUAAAAUUGUAUAAUAUUUAAUAAUAUUUUAUAAAAUAUGGCAAAUAUAUUUAAAAUAUAUAACAAUAAAAUAAAUUUAUAAGUCUGAUUAACACAAAAAAGAGAAAAAAUAUAAAUAAAAUUUAAACCGUAUAACAAGAAUUAAAAAAUUAAAAUACCAACAACAAAUUUUUAUAAAUAAUCUCAGUUGAUAAAACAAAAACAACAAAAAAAAAAGAAUAAGUGAAAUUUUUUUUACAUGUAGUAAAAUUUUUUUUGUUCUCCUUUUUUUUUUCUUUGCAAAAAAAUUAUUAUUUCUUUUUUUAUUUUAAUAAACACAACAAACAAAGAAAGAAAGAAAUUUUAAUAACAAAACAAAAAAGUAUAACAAAAAUCGCUUUUGUUUUUUUUUUUUGUAUAAAACUUAAUCCUGGAAUAAAAGGCAACUUAAAAACACCAAAAACACCAAAAACAAAAAAAAAUUAUAACAGAAAAUAUGAGUGAACAAAGUAUAAUUGGUGCUCGGGCUUCUGUAAUGGUAUAUGAUGAUGGUCAAAAAAAAUGGGUACCAUCUGGUACAUCAUCAGGCCUAAGUAAAGUUCAAAUAUAUCAUCAUCAACAAAAUAAUACAUUCCGUGUUGUUGGUAGAAAAUUACAAGAUCAUGAAGUUGUUAUUAAUUGUUCAAUAUUAAAAGGAUUAAAAUAUAAUCAAGCGACACCAACAUUUCAUCAAUGGCGUGAUUCAAAACAUGUAUAUGGUUUGAAUUUUUCAAGUCAACAAGAUGCUGAAGCAUUUGCUAGAGCAAUGAUGCAUGCAUUAGAGGUUUUAAGUGGUCGUGUUAUACCGAAUACAGCACCACCUCCAACAAAUGGUAAUAUAUAUGAAGAGGAUAUGGGUUAUAGAACAAUGACUAGAGAAGAUGCCGCAAUUAUACAACAGCAACAAAAUUUAACUGGUACAACAACACCAUCAGCGCAGACACCAACUUCACAAAAUAAUUCCAAUAUACCACAAAGUCCACCAGCAGCACAACAGGGUCAUCAUCGUACAAGCAGAAAUUCUAUUAGUGCACCACCGGCACCUCAACCACCACAAAUGUCAAUGCCGCAACAACAGAAUUUAUAUCAACAACAGCAACCACAACAGCAGCAAUCACAACAAUCUCAGCAACAACAGCAACCGCCACAAGGAAUGAUGAAUGGAAUAAUACAACAGCAACAAGUUGUACAACAACAGCAGCAACAACAGCAGGUACAACAACAAUUGCCACAACAACAAGUGACACAAUAUCAUGCACCACAGGUAACGCCACAACAAUUAUCACAGCAACCGCCACCACAUCAUCCCCUUUAUACUUCACAGCAUUCGCUUAAUAGUUAUAAUCAGUCGCAAUAUCAACAGCCAAUUUUUAUCACAUCAAAUUCUAAUGCAAAUUUAAAUCAGGCACCACCUCAACCGCCACCACAUCAAAAUGGUGGAAAUCAAAUUUAUUUACCCACAAAUCAUCAACAAUCGCAACAACAGCAACAACAAUCACAACAUCCAGGUAUUCCAACAUCGGCCAGUACGAAUAGUGUAGUAUAUGCUAGCCAACAAUCUGUAGGACCACAGCAACAGCCACAGCAAAUUUUACAACAGCAACAACCUCCGCAACAGAUGCCACCACAAUUAAAUAGUUACGGACAGACAAAUGGACAAACAACAACGGAUGGUCCAUAUGGACAAAUACCGAUGGCUCCACCAAUGAUGCAGCCUCAACCACCACAACAGCAACCACAACAACAACAACAAGCACAAUCAAAUAAUAUUCCAAUGCCACCACCAAUAAUGGGAAGAAUACAAGGAGGUGGUGGAGCAGGAGGAGGAGGAGGGCCGCCGGUAGCACCUCCACCUCCACCAGCUGGUUUUGGACCAAUAUCGAAUAAUUAUAAUUCAACAGGUCCUCCACAACCACCAGCUCCUCCAAUGGCCCCAUUGUGUCCACCACAACCUCCAGCGCCACCAAUGAUGUUAAAUAAUAAUAGUGGAAGUAAUGGGCCAACAGUAGGUGCCCCACCACCACCACCUCCUCCCCCGAUGGGUGGUUUAGCAGCAAGAUCUGAUGAUAAUAGUAUAGGUUCAUUAGCAGCACAAUUACAACAAGCAAGACUUAAGAAAAAUAAUAAGACUACACCACCACCAACUGAAAAUAGCGGUAGCAGUACAUCAAGCGGUGGAAGCGGAAAUUAUGGAACUAUAGGACGCACAACGCAUGGUAUGGCUUCUAUGAUGGAUGAAAUGGCAAAAACUUUAGCUCGUCGAAGAGCUCAAGCUGAAAAGAAGGAUCAAGUCAAUGGUGAAGGUUUAUCAUUAUCAUUAUCAGCGGAUUUGGAUAGUUUAAAGGCUGAAAUAGUAAGAGAAAUGCGAUUAGAAAUUCAAAAAGCAAAACAAGAAAUAAUAGAAGCUAUUAAAUCGGAAUUCAAUAGAAGAUAAGAAAACUGAAACAGAAAAAUAAUCAAAUUUAAAGUAAAAUAAAUAAUAUAGUUUAUAUUCAGCGCAAAAAAAAAUCAACGUUAAUCCAAAUAAACAUUAUCCAAAAUUCAGGUUAUAAAUUAAAUAAAAAAAAAAAUCAUAAAAAGCAAAAAAAAAAAAAGAAUUUUUUUAAAUAAAUAAAUUUAAUAUAAAUAAUUUAUAUUCCAACAAAUUUUAUAAAUAAGUAAUUGAAUAAAAAAAUAAAAAAAAAAUGUAAAAAAAUUACACAAAAAAAACAUAUAGCUACCUAUUUAAUAUUGUAAAAUGUUUUUAAUAAACAAAAACGAAAUUGAACUGAUUUAAAAUAAAAUAAAAAAAAAAUAUUAAAAAUACAAAACAAACGAAAUUACUUACCCUUAAUUCCAAAAAAAAAAAAAAGAAAAACAAAAAAAAAAUUUAAUACGAUUUUCAUCUCAGAUAGAUAGAUAGAUGUUUUAACAUCUUUUUAAAUAUAGCUAUAAUAAAUACAAUUAAAAAUAUCAUUUAAAUUAAAUUUAACAGUAAAUUACUAAAUUAAUUUAAAUCUUUUAUUAGAAUUCAAUGAGUUUCACAAUUAACAACUUCCAUUAGUAAACUAAAAUGUCAAUAAAAAACCACAUUUCUUUUUAGCUUGAAAUUCAAUUUGCCUUGAAUAAUUUAAUUCCAUUCCAUUUUUGUAUAAUUUUUUUAUUGUAAUAUUAAUUUUUUCAUAAUAUUUAGACCCAAAUAAAUGGCCGUUUCUCAGUGUAUCAAAUGCGUGGAACCGACAUUAACCAUGAAUUAUAAGGUGAUAUGACGUACGUACGACAAAUCUCAAUAUAGGUUGCCAACGCAAAUAAUUAUUAUUUUAGUAUUUUCUUUAAAGUCUGCAUUAUUGUACAUUGCAGAACGUACAAUAAAAUGCAUUAGUGAUUUUCGUGUGUGACAAAAUGAAUAACGAAAAUUUUAAUUUUUUAAAAGAUCAAAUUUUUUCGUUUUAUUAGAAUAAUUUUUAUAAUGUCAAUUGCGAAUAUUUCUUAAUUUGCAAAAUCAAGCGUGAUUGAUUUGAUCGCCAAAUUUUCGACAUACUAAGAAGCGGCCAAAAUAGCAAUAGAAAAUUAAAUUAUACAUAUUUCAAAUUAAAAUUAUUUUAAAAUUAUUUAAAAUAUGUAUGUAAAUUAAAUAAAUUUGAUAUUACAAUAGUUUUUUAAAUUUACUAUUAAUUAUAAAUUAAUUAAUGAAUUUUCAAAACUAAAGAAUUAUAUUUUAAAUUUUAAAUUACUUUUAAUUGUAAACUGUAGAUUGUACAUUACCGAAGAGAGCGAUAGGCAGAGGAAUGGCUUAUUGUAGCCCUCCCAUAUCCAACUUACGUUAUUCUAGUUUAAAAAAAAGUACCCGGAGAUAUCACUUGCAAGUCCGUGAUACUCUGGUGUUUGGUACACUGAUGAAUUUUAAGCCAUCAGUGUACUAAACACUAGAACCAGUCGCGUAAACUGGACCACUCUGUCCACAUAUCCAUCGUUCAGGAAACACUAAUUCGUAUCCACAAUCGAAGAUAAACCGCGGAAGAUAGACGUUCGAGAUGGCUAUAUUGAAAAGCUUUUUAUUGUUUCACCAAAAAUUUCUCUUAAUAAUUCUUAAUUUAAUUGAAUUCAAGUAUUUUUAUAAUUAUAUUCAAGUAAUUUUUAUUUAAAACAAAAAGAAACAUAUAAAAAUGUUAAAUAUGUUCUAUUUUUCUUUCAAAUUAAGUAGAUUAAUAAUUAAGAAAAUAAUUUUUUUGUUUUUUAUUUUAAAGAUGU